AUGUAUAUUCGAAGACGGAAUUAUGAGCAUGGAAGAAUAAAAAGAAACAAUCGCAGAAACAAAUCAAACGAAUCGCUCAAUUUCAUAUUUGGAACUUAUUUUAAACUUCUGUUGGCCUGGGCAAGCAUAAUAAUGCUGGAUUUUUUUACGGAUCUUCGUUUCGAAUUUAUUUGGUCUUGUUGGCUGAUGGUACGAACAGUUAAUGAUUCAUUCAGAUACCAAGGCCUGGCAUUUGCUCUGUUCUUUACACUCACUGCAAUUAUGGCUGAUUUGCUUUGUUACUUUCUCGUACCUACUACGUUGAUCUACCUGCUAGGUAGUUCGUGUGUGUGGAUACACCUUUUAUGGCAAACAGAUCGCGGAGUGUAUAUCCCAACAGUUGCACUGUGUUUUUUAUUCUUCUAUGUCGAGGUGGCUGUUCGAUUCCGGGAUCCAAAAAGCCUGCCACUUGGUAUAGAUCUCUGCAGACCUUUUGCAGCUCAUUGCAUUGGCUAUCCCGUUGUAACUUUGGGUUUCAGUUUAAAGAGUAUGAUUUCACAUCAUUUUCGUUUGCGAAGACAAAAAUUUGUUGAAGCACAAAACAUAACAUUUUUUUCUAUUCUGGAAGAAGCGUUACCUAAGGAACUUUGGUGUUAUUUAAAAUCAGACACCAUUCCUAAAUCUAAACAUUCGAACAUGGUUUGUGAAAAUAAUUGUUCAACGCUGGCUAUCUCUUCUUCCACGUCUACUGUGCCAAAUGUAUUACCAUCUGGACAUAUAUCUGAAUUAAAUAGCGUUAACAUGAUUCAUUCCCGAGACAAAGAAAAUCAUGCUACCUCAAGUGUUAAGAAAAAUACGUCUCUGAAUCAUUCCCGUGCAACACGUAUUGUUCAUUCAUCUACUCGUAGUGAUAAUUGCACGGAUCCGUCUUUAUGUUCAAAUGAUAAUAGUAUUGCAAAAGAAUGUACAUUGCGGUUAGGAAAUGACGAACCGAUGGACAAUAAUACUUCUGCAGCAUCAUCACUUUCGGAACAGAACGAAUCGUACGUGGCCGUCUCCCCUGCUCAAACGAUCGUUGUAAAGGUUCCAUCUGUUUCUAACUCUACUAUUCCGGAUACAGUUUAUCCUGACGAUCACAUAGAAAAUUGUAUUAGAAGGGAUACUGAUGUAAAGGAGGAUAAAUUAGUACACAAGAAGUCCGUCUCACCACUUACUUCAGUCACAUCUAGUUUAUCAAUAUCCAAUUGUUCUAGUUCAACUAAUAAUGAUAAUAAUAAUAAGGCCAAAUCAAACUGUACAACAUCAAAUCCAAAAUCUUGUGAAACAAAACAGUCACCUGCGUCAGUGAAUAUCACAUCAACUAAAACAACUUCUGCUUCUAAUAAUUCAAAUGUAAAUUCUGCUUCUUCUGGGUCUUCUGGUGGUAGUAAACUUAAUCCAUGCAGUUCAACUCCAUUAUCAACUAGUUGUAAAUCUGGUGGUAAAAAUGCCAACAAGGAUGAGUAUACUUUGAAACUAGAGGCCGAGGCUAAAAAUUUAAAAUCAGAAAUCCAAUCUUUACGUAGUUCAGAAAUUCAGUUACGUGGUCAGGUUCAACAGUUACUUGCCGCUGAACGAACAUAUCGUUCAGAAAGUUCUCAAGCUCAACAAGAAUCUGAAAGUUUGCAAGCCAAACUUAAUCAGCUAACUCAACGCCUUCAAGCGGAUCGUGCCAGUUUACAGGCAGCUGAGAAACGCCUUACCGAAGAGCGCAAACAUCGUUUACUUCUUGAACAGCAGUUUAAACAGAAAUCUGGUAAACAAAUAGAUGCGAACUCCUCAGAAUCAGCAUCUAGUGAACCUGCUAUUUCUAGAGCCACAGAUUCCAAAGCUUCUAUGACUGAGUCUCAAAGUACUUCAUUAAAUUCCUGUGAUCCCACACCCGUUGAAGCAUGUAAAAACAAUGAAUUAUGCGCGAAACGAAGGCAGGAAUUAGAAUUAGAAUUGCAAAAUCUCACAAAAGCUUUAACUCUGAAAAAUAAUCAGCUUGCAGUGCAGAACUCUGAACGUGGUGGUUUAUGUGAAUCCACUGAUAAGGCAUCGAAGAAGCAAACUAAAAAUGAACGAACAAAAUCUAAUUCUGUAACUUUAGAAGAACAUUAUAACAUGAGCACACGGCGGCAAAAACAUGAAGUAACUGAGACUGAACUGAAUGAUCUUGCCUCUCGUGUAAACUCUUUGCAAGAGGAAAAUCAACGCCUAACAGAUACCUUAAAAGAGGAAGACAAGAUGAAACAAGAGCUUAUGACAGCUUAUCAUUCUUCCUUAAAAGAGAUAACAGAAUUAAAUGCUACACUUACAAAGAAAGAAUACCAAAUCGUGGAACUAAAUAAGCGCUUAAAUUGUCUUACUCCAAAUCUUUGUGAAUAUGUAAGCAGAAUGAAUGCUUUAGCAUCGAAUUGUGCUAAAGUUUCAAACAUUUCAAUCCCUGUGGAAGAUUUUCCAGACGAAGAAUGUAUCAUUAAUUCAUAUUCUAUUCCUGAUACUUCACAGAUGUACACAAACCUAAAUAAAACACAAAUAGAUGAGCACAAUCAUGUAGACCGAAUCGUAUUUAAACCUGGAUUGUCAAACAAAAUGAAUUCUUAUAAUCAGUCCUACUCAUUGACUCCAUAUGAGACAUCUGCGCCAUUGAAUAAUCUAUCAAAUCAAAAGUCAAGCAUUUAUUUUGUUGAUCCUUGUGCCAAACCAAAGCCUUUCUUCACCUCCCCCUUUUCUGUUACUAAUAGAAAAAUUAAUGCAGUUUCUGAAAUGAAUAAUUCCAGUAAUCUUAAUAGUUUGGACUAUUUCGGUCAUCUCCCAUCAUCCGACGGGGUUUCGCCAUCGUCUUCGUCACUAACCACUACUGGGCUAGGUUAUCGAACAAGUCUAAAUGAACAUUGUCACACAAAUAAUCGAAUGAAUUUCCGUUCGGAUAAACUACCUGAUUCAAAUGCCUUUCAACUCAAUAAUUUCGAAACCCUUGGUGUAAAAUGUGUAAAUGGAGGGUACACGUCAUAUGAUAGUACUAUUCUAAAUAGAGUUUUACCUGCCAGGUCUAUACCGUUGUGUAGUACCAGACAACUGCCUAUCGGGAGUUCAGCUCAAGUUUCGUCGCCCCCACCUUUGUUUGUUCCUCCUCCCGGACUCUUACAGGGUGAUGUUGCUUCUAAUAUUUUACAAUAUCCCCACCCUAUGAACGGAACAUUAUCACUGCCGUCUUCGGAAGUGGUCAUAAAUUCUUCAGUUUGCGCUACUGAGUCUAUGUCAACAACUCCGGUUAGCUCACAUAGUCCUCGGAUUGUUACUGAUUCUUAUUCUACAGAUCCAGUGUAUACAAUCGGUCAUCAGGAAGAACUGUCAUCUCAUUCACACAGUAGUUUGAAUUUUAGUAAUUCUGUUUGUGACAACUUUACCAAUCCUAACCCACAUUCAAUAUUCAUGACAUCUAAUGGACCUAAAUGUUUUCAAUUCGAAAUGACAAAUUCAACUGAUGAUAAGUUCAACUCUUUUGAUUUCACUACAUUUGGCCCAGUUGGGUCAUCAUCACCCGGAACUAUCAUCCACUCAAAUUUAAUUAGUGCCAACUGCAGUAAUUCCCCUGUCAAAUUGAACUUCAGCAGGUUUACAGAGUAG